AUACUCAGGUGCGCCGCACCUGUCGGCCCGCACCUGCGACGCACCGUACGCCCAGGUGCCUGUGUCGCGCCCCGCAGCCUCGGGCCCACGGCCCCGGACACUUUCUGGGAGCCGCUCCGUGCCACCUCCGCCUAGUCGCCGAGCGCUGGACCACCUGGGGACUCCUGGGGACCGCUGGUUGGGGACCUGUCCUCCGGGCGCAGCCUGCUCCCUGCCCGUCGCUGCACCUGCGGGGUCGACUUCUGUUUACCGCGGUUGACAAGAGCUGCAGUUACCCGGGUCAAAACCUCUUGUUGUCGUUUCUGGGUGACUUAGACCACCACCCGCCGUUUUCUUGUGGGGCUGCUCCCCAGAUUUAGUUUGCUUUAUUGUAGGGUCGCCCCGUAGGCGCCCCGUCUUUCCUGAGGCGGAAAUGGCCAAUUCGGGCCUGCAGUUGCUGGGGUUCUCAAUGGCGAUGCUGGGCUGGGUGGGCCUGGUGGCGAGCACUGCCAUCCCGCAGUGGCAGAUCAGCUCGUACGCGGGCGACAACAUCAUCACGGCCCAGGCCAUGUACAAGGGGCUGUGGAUGGACUGCGUCACGCAGAGUACCGGCUUGAUGAGCUGCAAAAUGUACGACUCGGUGCUCGCCCUGCCCGCGGCCAUGCAGGCCACUCGGGCCCUGAUGGUGGUGUCUCUGGUGCUGGGCUUCAUGGCCAUGUUUGUGGCCACGAUGGGCAUGAAGUGCACGCGCUGCGGGGGAGACGACAAAGUGAAGAAGGCCCGCAUAGCUAUGACUGGAGGCAUCAUUUUCAUCGUGGCAGGUCUUGCCGCCUUGGUAGCAUGCUCCUGGUAUGGCCAUCAGAUUGUCACAGAUUUUUACAACCCUUUGACCCCCAUGAAUGUUAAGUACGAGUUUGGCUCUGCCAUCUUUAUUGGCUGGGCAGGGUCUGCUCUGGUGCUGCUGGGAGGCGCACUGCUCUCUUGCUCUUGCCCUGGCAGCGAGAGUAAGGCCGCGUACCGCGCACCCCGCUCCUACCCCAAGGCAAACUCUGCCAAGGAGUAUGUCUAAGCUGGGCUCAGCUUGUGGGCAAGGUGGACAAAGGCUUCCUGGCCACCUAAUCGGAGCAAACCGUGUACAGUUGGGGGGAGGGGUUGGAGUGAAGACUAAAGCAGGGGAGGGCGUGCUUUUUGUACAGUAAUAAAAACUAAGUUUUGGAAAAUA